CAAAAAAUUGUAAAAUUUACAGCAUUUUACUGUGAAAACUGCAUAAAUGUCUGGUUAGAGCUUUUACAGUUUUUCCCUGUAUAUAAUACGGGAACUUACUGUUAAUUUUUUUCCGUAGCGUUUUUACAAUAUUUUACCGUUAAAAUCACAUUCAUUUUUUACCCAACUAAUUAUUUUGGUUUGAAACAGUUUCGUAAGAAAAUAACAGUGUUGACAUUGUGCUGAAAAUCAAUACUUUUGCUUGUUUACUAAACAAGCAAAGCCUAUCCUGCUUGAUAUCGAUAGAAAGGUACAUUUUCACCUUGUAAUCCUCCAAUACUGAAAGUAAAUUUGGGAUAUAACACGCGAGUGACCUUUUAGAGCAGUUUAUAACCACUGUACAUUAGCGCAAUGAAACAGUCAUGAAUGCGCGCGCGUCAAGCGAUCCACAUGAGUGCGCGCGGAGGAGCAGCGCUUAGUCCAACACAGGAGCUGAAGCGACGAGAGGUCUGCGCGGAUAAAGUCCACCUGCUACAAUCUUACGGAGCUUAACGAUGGACCUUUGCGCAGCCUGCAUUUGGAUUGCGGUGAGGUUCACGAUCAAGCGAGCACUCAUGCGCUCGCGCAGCACGCACUGCUGAGAUGAUGUGGGAAGAUAUGAGAGGUUACGAGGAGAAAGGGUCAAUGGUAACCUCGAGAUCGAAGAGCACGCAUUAUCCAGAGAGCAGCCAGAUGGAUACUGUUGGAUACUGUUAACGUUUUCGCUCCAGAGCUGUGUGUGGGAAUACUGUGGAUCUCUGAGGACUGUUCCCCAAUGGAAUGCAGAGAAGACAGCUCAACUGCCGCAGUGAAUGAAGUUGGUUUGUUGAUCCAUUCAAUAACGGAUGCUACUAACAGAGUAUUUCAGCAAAAGAGAUAACGAAAUGUACAAGAGGACAGUAGAUCUUUUUCCAACUGUCUUGAUCGGUAGUCGUUGUCAGCAGUCCUGAUCCGCGCGGGAUGGUCGAGACGCUGAGCAUCGCCGUCAUCGGAGCGCCUGGAGUCGGGAAAACUUCUAUCAUCCGGCAGUUUAUUUACAAUGACUUCUCUGAGACUUACACUCCCACCCAAACGAGAUACGUGUACAGACCCUCGGUCAUUCUUAACGGUGUUAUGUACGACCUGAAGAUUUUGGAUGUCCCGCCAAUUUCCUCCUUUCCUUCAAGCCCGAGUCAGGAGUGGUUGGAUGCGCGGUGUAGAGGAGUCCGCAGCGCUAACGCCUACAUUCUGGUCUAUGACAUCUGCUGUGUGGAGAGCUUUGAGUAUGUCAAGAUGAUCCGACAGCAAAUUGUGGAUAACAGAGUGGGCAGCAGCAGUGAGGUGCCCAUCCUGGUGGUAGGCAGUAAGCGGGACCUUCAGCGGCAGCGGUUCACCCAGCGCAGGGCCGUGUCAGUACUGGUGAAGAAGACCUGGAAGUGCGGUUAUGUCGAGUGCUCCGCCAAGUAUAACUGGCAUGUGCUUCUGCUCUUUAAAGAACUCCUGGGAAUAGCCGUGGCAAGAGGACUGCGCCCAAACCACACCUCUAUCCGUCUCCAGGGGGCAUUGCAGAGGAACCGCUGUAAUAUCAUGUGACAGAUAUGUAGCCUUUUUUUUUUUUUUUUUAAUUUAUGCUUAUUUAGGACCAGUUUGUGUUUACAGAGUCUUAUUUAUCUGAUUUAAACUGGUCCUAAGUCAGUAUACUUAAAGUCAACUUUGCUGAACCACAAGGAUGGAGCUUUGGGGAGAAACUGUCAAUCAAAAUGGCUGGAAUACUACCACCUAGGGGCCUCUGUAACUGAUGCAUUCUUCUGAUGGAUUACCUUAUGUACUACUGAUUUCACUUUUCUCCAGCGUACUCUUACAAACAGAAAAAUGAAAGCAGAUAAGGGUUUUUUUUUCUUACCAAAGUCUGUCAGGAUGAGAGUAGGAUAUUACAUUGGUCUCAAACUGAGUAUAAUUCAUUUCCCCUUCCUGCUUUGAUUUAAAUUCAGAUGCUGUGGGUUCAGGUGUAUUCCAGAAUGGCAGUUUUUAACUCUUGCUUGGAAAGAGCUUUUAUUAAGGGAUAUACUUAUGAUUUAAGAAUAAUGAUGAGUGAACGUUUGUGAACCCUUUGAAAUGAUCUGUUAUCUAUUCUCCCAUUCAUUGGUCCACCUUACAAAGACCCGGCAAAAGUGUGUAUAGUAUUCUUAUAGUGUGGUUGGGGUGACAUUUUUUGUUGGAACAGCUUUCUUUUUCAAUGGCAAAAUUUGAAUGGUUUUAAUUCUUUCUGAUGAGCUGUCCUUCCAUGCACACCCCUCCAGUUCAGUGUUUUGUCCCAUGGUGGAUAUAUGAACAAGGGAACAGAUGCCUGCAGAUCUUUGGCUGUUAUCCUGGACUAAUCCCGCUGAGCUGUUUCAAUCAAUUUCAAUGUAACAAUGGAAAUGAAGUUCUACUGUGGGUUCACAAUCUACCCGAGUGUGGAUUUGUGAAGGCCGUAGUCAGUAACUUAACUCUUUUUAGCCUUAUGUGAACAUCAAAAACACUUCCUCUGAAGCCCAUUAAUAAAAUUUUUAUAAGUCUUUUAAAAAAAAACUUCAUAGCACAUAUGCCAAGUCAGGUGUAUGCCAACACAUAUACUAUAUAUUAACUGCAUUGCAAUUUACAUAUGCCCUGCCAAAUCUAGUAACAAUGGCAAACAUCCUACCUCCUAAAUAUAUAUCAUUGAAGAAAUGAGGCACAAAACAAAGUCUAAAGUCUUCCUCUGACAGGAUAGUGAGGUGUUGUGUACAGAUUUCAGCAAGCAUGUACAAUCACUGGCACUCGAGAAGCUGUGAGAAGUGAUGAUAAAGCUAACAGAUCCUCUGGAGCUUCCCUAAACCUGAAGAUUUCUGCUGAACCAAGAUGCAGAGGAGGCUUACGUCCUUUACUGCAGCAGACUGCAGUCUAUAGUAGUGGAUGACAGCACAAUCCACAUCCUCUCUGGAGUAUUUCUGAAAACAGAAUACAUUAAAGUUACAGUGGUUCAGUGUCUGCAGAGAGAUUCAGGUUUGUUUUUGUUUUUUUGGGCUAGUUUUUUCUAUGCUACUCUCCUCUAGCGUAGAGAACACGUAGACGUUUGGCCUUUAAAUGAGCUAAUAUAGAGAGUGUUCUCUGGACAUGUACUGAUUGAUUGGUUGGCCGUGUGGAAGUGUUGAUUCAAAGCAAGAGCUGACGCACUGCUACACAUAUUCUGCUCUGAGGUAAUAAACAGUGGAGCUCUGGCACAUGAGUGGAGGUUUGUUGACUGAGAAAAUUGAUGGUCAUUGGGAAGCCACACACCCACCCCGAAUGCUUUCCUAUGACAGAAAAAAAGGUCAUAAGACAUAAUUUUCUCAUACCAGACACAGAGUGUGCAUUGGAGAAAAAUCCCUCGUUCCUCGCAAAUGCAACUCUGACAGCCAUCUAUGCACAUCUUACAUGACUCAAAAGAGCUGAGAACUUCUGUCCGCAGGUGGAAACAUAAAUAAGUUAGUAACUUAGGUCAUCCUUCAGACUUUUCUGUUUAAUAGAGCUGCAUGCUUUAAUUGACAAACAUAAAUCAUUCAGGGGUAAAUUUGCACUGUAUGUACCUACAAGGAGAUCUUUGUAACAGUACUUGAGCAUCGUUUUUGUCUUUUUGUAUAAUGCUAGUGUGAAGCUUAGCUUGUAGCUUAAGUGUAAGUGAUGGAGAUACAGUCAGGUUAGUAUUAUAAAGCAGCAGAGAGGGGCUCAUACAUUUGCAUGCCACACAGUGUUAAGUGCUAUGGUUGUGGACUGAGGACUAGACAACAUGUAGCAGAUGUCAUGUUCUUGUGGAAAGUGUCCUGUGCUAGUAAUGUUAAAGGCUUUAGACUGAACAUUCAGACAUGCUGAAUAUGGAUUCUCUUGGUAGGACUGUCUGUUUUUUUUUUUUGUGUGUCAAUUUGUUUUAAAUUUUAAAGGGCUACCUGCUUUUUCUAAUAUGGAAACAAAUGUUUUUGUCUUUUUAGUAGUUGUAAUGUUUCAUCAAUGAAAAAUUAAUAAACCCUUUCAAACGA